UUACAGAUAUAACCUAUUCACUGUACGCAUAACUAAUUUGAUGUAUUUUUGAAACGCUUCACUUGCAAUAUCAUUUUAGAUUAACCAGCAUUUCUGGUGGUAAACAUCUACUGUCAAACCGAGCAGUUUGACAGUAAACCUUUUUUUAAGAAAAAGAGUGUGUAACUGGACAUUGUGAAAGAAUGGCACUGAUAAACCGUUUGUUGAUUACACUUUUUAUGAUAAGUGCAACUGGUACUGUGGAAGAUUUGGAAUCCUGUCCUGCUAUUUGCGAAUGCUCUGAGUGGAAGACGUUUAAAAUUACUUGCUCGGAUAUUGAUGUGAUACCCAAGUUUCCUUCAAACACCAGGACUUUGCGGUUCAUGGAGACACAGCUGACAACAAUCCACAGUGAAGCAUUUUCAAACCUCCCAAACAUUUCCAGAGUGUAUAUUUCUAUCGAUGCAACUCUGCAGAGGCUGGAAAAACAUGCAUUUUACAGUUUAACCGAAGUAACGCACAUAGAGAUACGAAAUGCAAGGAGUUUGACAUAUAUUCACCCUGAUGCUUUUAAGAAUCUACCAGUUUUAAAAUACCUUGGGAUUUUUAACACUGGCCUUGAUGCGUUUCCUGACCUUACAAAGAUUAAUUCUUCUGAUGUUAACUUUUUACUUGAAAUUGCUGAUAACCCCUACAUUACAUCAGUUCCUGGUAAUGCUUUCCAUGGUUUGUCCAGUGAAUCACUAACACUCAAACUUUAUAAUAAUGGAUUUACUGAAGUCCAAGGGUAUGCCUUCAAUGGAACAAAGCUGGAUGCUGUGUAUCUUCACAAAAACAAGUACUUGACUGCCAUCGAUCAAGAGGUAUUUGCAGGAGUGCACAGUGGACCAACGCUGCUCGAUGUGUCUCAGACCAGUGUGAACUCUCUGCCAACAAAAGGCCUGGAAACCGUCAAGGAGCUCAUGGCAAAGAAUACAUGGACUCUCAAGAAACUCCCACCAAUAAAGACUUUGCGAAGUGACUCAGAUUAUGGUGACGCUAUAUACAAUGAAAACUCCAAGCUCCAAGAUUUCCAUAGCAACUCCCACUACUAUGUAUUUUUUGAGGAGUUAGCUGACGAAGAUGUUGGGUUUGGACAAAAGCUAAAGAAUCCCCAAGAGGACUACAUCCAGGAAUUUGACAGCCACUAUGAUUACACUGUCUGUGGAGGUAGCGAGGAAAUGAUCUGUACCCCAAAGCCAGAUGAGUUCAACCCCUGUGAAGACAUCAUGGGCUACAACUUCUUGAGAAUUGUAGUGUGGUUUGUGAACCUCCUAGCCAUUCUGGGAAAUGCCUUUGUCUUGCUGAUCUUGCUUAGCAGCCAUUAUAAACUAACUGUCCCCCGGUUUCUAAUGUGCAACCUAGCCUUUGCCGAUUUAUGUAUGGGGAUUUAUUUGCUGCUGAUCGCGUCAGUGGACCUCCAUACCAGGUCAGAAUACUACAAUCAUGCCAUUGACUGGCAGACAGGACCAGGAUGCAAUACUGCUGGCUUUUUCACCGUUUUUGCCAGUGAGCUUUCAGUCUACACGUUGGUGGUCAUCACACUGGAGCGCUGGUACGCCAUUACCUUCGCCAUGAGAUUAGAUCGAAAAAUACGCCUUCGCCACGCUUCUGCCAUUAUGCUUUGCGGAUGGAUUUUCUGUUUCCUUUUGGCCAUUCUGCCCCUUGUUGGGGUCAGCAGCUACAUUAAGGUUAGCAUAUGCUUGCCCAUGGAUACUGAGACACCUCUUGCUCAAGCCUACAUCAUCUCUGUCUUGAUGAUAAACAUCAUUGCAUUCAUUAUUAUCUGUGCCUGCUACAUCAAAAUUUAUGUGACUGUUCAGAACCCACAAUACAAGCCUGGGAGCAAAGAUACAAAGAUAGCCAAGAGGAUGGCCAUUCUGAUCUUCACCGAUUUCACCUGCAUGGCUCCAAUUUCUUUCUAUGCCAUGUCUGCGAUAAUGAACAAGCCUUUGAUAACAGUCAGCAACUCAAAGAUCUUGUUGGUCCUCUUCUACCCUCUCAACUCCUGUGCCAACCCUUUUCUCUAUGCUAUUUUCACCAAGGCUUUCAGAAGGGAUGUCUUUAUUUUGCUGAGCAAGUUUGGCUUCUGUGAGCACCAAGCACAGAUCUACAGAGGGCAGACGGUUUCAGCCAAAAACAGCAGUGCCUGCUCUGGCCAGCGUGGAAGUCGUGGAAUGGGGCAGGCAUUGACAAUCAUCAAAGACUAUUCAAAGCAUGAACACCAUGGGGAAUACCAUCCAGCACUGACACCACACCACGUAAGUAUGGAAGACUGCAGGCAGAGUGAAUUGUAACCCUUUGAUUGAAAAGAAGUAGCUUUGGUACUAUAGAUGCUAUAAAUAUGUUCUUAUGGUGAUUGUCCAGUAAAGUGUUCUGUUACUUGUGUCAAGGUUAUUAGAUAGCUCAAUGCAUUGUUCAUGGUUCUAAAGUGAUUCUGAUUUCUUUAGAUUCUGCUUAUAUAUAUAUCCGUUCUAUAGAUUUCUUUAGAUUCUGCUUAUAUAUAUCCGUUCUAUAGAGGACUAAUAUAAAAUGGUGUUGUAAAUCUUGUUACAAUGUGUUGAUUAAGUCAUGUGCAUAUUUGAGUAUUUAGCUGCACAGUGCAUAGUUUCUGGUACCAUACAAGGGUUUUUACAAGCUUAUGAAUUUAUUUGCUGAUGUUUUGUAAUAACAUUCACAUUCAUCUAAAAUAUACACUAAAAGCUGUGUCUUAUUCCGUUUUUAUUUUAAAAAGACAUUCCGCUUGCUGAAGGCAUCUGGGAUAGUCAAACACUGGGGGGUCAUAAUUUAACUUAGCCAUGCCCCUUAUUUAGUAUGUAUUGAUUAAUAAGAAGUUUGUCCUUUGUAUUAACUUGGGUGGAUCCUGAAACAGUCAACUUUCAUUAAUAAGAAUUUAAAGGGACAAGCAAAAAAUGUAUUGUAUCAGUAAUUCUUAUUAUCAGGAGUCUAAGCCAAAUGCAUACUGUUUUUAUUGAAGUUACAGUAACACUGAAAUCAAAUUUAAAUUACAGUACAAUGCAAAAUAUUAUACAUGUAAAAGUACUGUGCAUUUUAUUGAAAAUAUGGUUGUAAGUGAACUUUUAAAAAGUAUACAUUGCAAAUGAACUGCACUUGAAAUCUGCAUGUCCCAAUCUGAUCACAGGCAUUUUUAAACCACAAAAUCAAGGCGUCCUCAACAUCAGGGUAUUCAACAAAUCGGAAACGCUGACGACUUGCAUCCACAGUUUGCUGUUCAUAGGCCUGUAUUAUUGUAUCCUGGUUUUUCAGAAUGGUUGAAAAAGUUUUCACAGGAAUAUUGAAAUCUGCAGCAACAUUUUUUUCUUGUACGGUGGUGCAUUGUCCGAGGCUUUCAACACUUCCACUUUUGUCUGCAAGGGUAAUGCAAGUUUUUUGCACUGCUUCAUGGAAAUGGUACUGAUGCAUGAGCACUAUGGCAACUUGAAAACUCUGUCUAU